UAAUGGCUUACCUGACAGUUAUCCAAAAGGUGAUCCGAGAGGCCUAACCGCUGAAAGAGUGUUAAAAAAAAUGAAAUCAAAAAACAUUUUAUAUCAUUUUGGAAAGAUUAAUGAUAGUACUGAAAUUAUGAUUGGCAUAUUUCGUGAAAUAAUUGGUGAAUUUCUCGUAUUUGAUCUCAAGACUACGGGAGGUGACCCUUCGAUAUUAGUUGAUCAAUUCUGUAAGGCUACUUGUUCUGCCAUCUUUUCUUCUGUUACAUUAACCACUACUUUAAGAAACUCGAAAAGUAUAUACUCUUUGCAUCAAAUCAAUCUACUCGAACCUGAUUGGAUUACUCUUCCAGAAAGAACAGGAAAAAUUUUAUGUUAUGUUCCACCUAAAACUCUGGCUGAAGUUAAGGAUCUUGCUCCACAACCAUUUUCUGUUGGUGCUGAGCGAUAUGCUUAUUACGCGCUUGAUAAUAAACUUGGACAAGAUAAUAAAUUAGUGAUAAAAAGUAUCACAGUGUUAAAGCAAGUUCCAUGGAACAAUAUUUAG